AUGGGCGAUCGUGAAAGAAUUCUACAUCUAUACGAGAAGGGUCAUAAGAUCAGCCACAUUGCGAAAAUGAUCGGCGUCACACACAGUUGUGUCUCGAAAAUCAUGACGAGGUUAGUGAUAGAUUUCAAGGUUCUUUGA